AUGGAAAGACUCUUUAGCGCGAGAGGAAAAAUAAUUUCGAAAUUAGAUUUUCUUUACGCUGGUGACAAUUGUAAAAUAAUGGCGACGAUUGUUGAAAAUCAACCGUGGAUUUCAAAAUUUAAAUCCAUGAGUCUGAUGGAAGGAUUUAAUUCGUCUCUUAUUUAUUUGAUGGAAUAUUUUAUCAGAAAUAUUCGGCCCACGGUAAACGAAUGUCAAACAAAACCGUUACGGGCGGACAAACUAAAAGGAUUCAUCAGUGAAACUCUACUCUUUUUCAAGUAUUAUUACAGGUCUCAUGAAGAGAAGUACGACCGAGCAAUUUACAUGGACCUAAUGUCUGAUUUAUUGGCUAUGUAUAUAGACUUAGAACUGAAGGCAUCAAAACGAACCUGUGAAUAUCAUGAAAGAAUUUCGGGUCGUUUAGCUUCGUAUCUUUAUAUUUAUUUAGAAAAUUCAACUGAGCACCUACUGGACACAAUCCUGAAAGUUCGAUUUAUGAGUUCUACAUUCUAUCAAAUAAUAAAUCCGAUUAUAACAACAAUAUUCCGCACAGUACCAAAGCAUCCGACCUCCUGUUUAAUGUACACUCGUUAUUUUCUCGUCUACCGAAUAUGGAAGAGGAUCACCAAAGAUCAAAAUAUUAAAAAUGAAAUAAAUGCCAAAGCAUUGGCUUCUCUUAAAUUACCUACUACCUCGUUUCCACAGUAUAUUAUUGAUCAUGUAUUACCAAAAGUGCCAAAUAUCCACCAAGAAAUAUCUACUAAAUUUAUGUUAUCACAACACAUGGAGUUGGAAAAAUCUUCAGCGGCAUUUAUUAAAUUUUGCCAUAAGUCUCGGGGAUUAAAAGAUUACGGCAAUAUUGAAAAAACCCGAUUAGAUAACACUACAGAAAUUUUAAAGCCUGAAGAUAAUUUAAAUGCAAUUUUAAAUUUAUCGAAGGGAAAUUCCAUUAAAAACAAUUAUUUAUUAUUUAGUAAUAGUAAUGACAGUAAUAAUAGUAGUGAGAAUAACAAUAAUAGUGAAUCAAAAGUUACCGUAAACAAUGAUAAUAAUAUUGAAGAAGAUAUUUCACUAGUAAAUAUAAUAAAUCCAGUAAAUACUAAUAACAAUUCGCGUAAGACAAUAAAAAAAAAUAACGUUGUACUUAUUGAUCUUACGUCGGACGAUACAAAUGGUAAAAUUAUAAAACAAAAAAAGCAAGAUCAUAUACGACUCAGUUGGUUACAAAAAAUAUCUAAACGUAAAAGUACCGCGACCAUUCAAGAUACCAGCAUCACGGAAGAUACUAAAACCACCAAAGAAGAUUCAUUACGGCAACUUGAAGAUAUACUUGGUAUUAAAUCUUCUACUGUAGAUUUAGAUAAAAGAGUCAAGACAAAGAAGAAACUUAAAAUGACAAUUUUGUCUUCGCCAGAAACAAGUCAAGAUAAUUCAAUAACUCCUAUUGAAGUAAAGAGAAAUGAAGAAGAUAUAAAAGUUGAUAUUAUUUCGAGUGAGCUGAGUUCUGUCGAAAUCAAUACUGUAAAUUUUGAAACAAAUGAAAGUCUAUGUAGAGAUAAUAUUACUUUGGAGUCUUCAGAGUCAAUAGAUGGCUAUGAAAAGCAAUUAAUUAAAAACUCAGAUAUUAUUGUUGAAGAGAAUGUUAAUUUAUCCAGUCCAAUGAUUGUUGAUAAUAAUAAAGAUUAUGAACAAGUUUUAACGACAUCAAAUGUUUCAAGUGUACCGAAUAAUGUUAUUGAUGCUACUAAGUGUAAUACAAACGUAUCAGACAAUGAGUACCUGGUUAUAAAGUACCGUGAGAAUGAAAAUAACAAGAGUGUUGAUGAAAAAAAAAUUACCGGUCAAUCUAAUUUAAAACUCCAAAGUACAAAUUUAGAAGUGAAUGAACACCAACGAAAUACCGUGCUGCACUUCAAUCAGACUACGGAAUUUGUUGAUUUCAAAAAUAGAGAUAAAGAAAACGAAGAGAAAAGAGAAAGGAAAAAAGAUAAAUUAAAUGGUAAAGUUGAGUUAAAAAUAAGCGAUGCAGAAUUUCAUGAAAAUAUUGACGGUCUCUCUUUGUUAGCAAGUGUGUCACAAAGGGUUUCACAUCUAACGACAAUAUCAAACGAGCCAACUAAAUCACCUGAAUUAAUUAAAGUCAAAGACUAUAACAGUUUAUUGACUCUCUGUGACAUCAACAAACAAGAGAAUAAUAUCCAUGAUAGUAACCACAAUAGUGAGAUGUUGCUGUCGAAUGAAGAUAACAGGUUCGUUAGUACUUAUCCUGAUGAUGAUAUCGACAAAGUGGCUUUUCAUGUGGAAGUAUCAUCUACUGAAGAUUAUUCUUUUAGCUUUCCAAAAUCAGAAUAUCAAGAGGCCUCAUCAUCAUCAUCAUCUCCUUUAUCAUCUUCGUCGAUAUCUUACUCCUAUAAGAAUAAUAAUAAUAAUCAUAAUAGUAAUAGUAAUUGUAGUAAUGAGAGAUCUAACGGAUUAACAACUACUUCAGUUCAAGUAGAAAGCACAAUGUCGUCAGAUAAAGAAGAAACAAAUGUUAUAUUAAAUGGGGAAACUAUUGUUUUGCUACAAAAGUCACCUAAUAGUAAUUUAUAUAUUAUAAAUAAAGCUGUUGAAAACAGAGAACACACUAUUAAUAAUAAUAAUAAUGAUGAUGAAAAAAUUUUGAAAGAAAAGAAUUCCGGAAAAAUGGACAAAAUUAAGAACGAUAGUUAUUUACGUGAACUAUACGAUCCGUACCGUAUUUCUCAACCUCUUUCCUCGGCAGGAUCUAAGAGUUUUGAGUUAGCACAAGAAAUUCACCGUACAACAAAAGCUGAGCUGGUAAGUGAAGCAAAAGCAUUGGAUUUAAAGAAAGUGGGUAAGAAUAAAAAUAGUUGUAGUGACAUCAAAGGAAUUUCAGCAAAUGGGAGACGUCGUAUAAAACAAGAAUUCAAUAGUUGUACGAAUGAUUUAUCAAGCCAUAUAAAUAACUCGUCUUAUGCGCAAGAUCAUGAUCCACAUAUACAUUUACCAGGAUCAAAUCCGCUAUCUACUUUGUACCAUCAUUCAAAUUAUGCAACUGGGGAUUUAUAUAUUUCCUGUCGUCAGAAUUGUAACUCUGUUUGUGUUCCUGUUAAUCAUCAGACUGCUGCUGCUGCAAUUCAUUCUAAUAAAAAAUCAACUCGGUGUACAUGCUUGAACUGUACUUAUGACAUUGUUACUCAUUGUAAUCAAUACAUGAUGCCAGCUGGUGAAAUGGUUACCGAGACAACUUCAGCUAUGGACCCAGCUUACUACAUUCCGCUCCAACAGUCUCCUGUCAUUCAAGACUGCUCAUUGAAUACAACACAUGACGAUAAUCAGAUUAAAAUUUACGAUGGCCAAUUAUUGUGCAAAAUAGAAGCUGAUAUCGAUAACGAACGGCAGCAGCAACAACCGCAGUCAAAACAACCGCAACCGCAACAGCAGACUAAAAUUUAUUCGCCUGAUAUUAAUAUCCAAUUACCGCUUAAAAAGCGAUUCAAGUCUAUCAUCACUACUGAUUUUGAAGCCACAACUAUUAAAGUCGAAAAAGAUGAUAAUACUUUUAUGAAUAUUGACAGGUCGAUUAUAUCAAUGGGGGGUACGCUUGAAACAAAUUCCAAUGAUAAUUUAAUUAAACGUAAAAUUAACUCUAAUAAUAUUAUAGAGAGAAACUAUGAUAAGAAUUUAAUUAACGAUGGUUACCAUGAUUAUAGUGAUAAAAGAAAGAGAAAACAUCAAACUAAUAAUAAUAUUAUUAUUUAUUCAGAUAAUAAUGAUGAGUAUGAUGAAGAUAGUAAUGAUAAUAAUUAUAAAAAAGUAAAUGACGGAAUUAUGAGGCCUUUGAAAAAACUAAAAGAACCAAAAUCUAGUAUGAAAAGUAUUAAUUCUGUUAGAAAAACUAGAAGUUCGCAAAGAAAAGUUCCAAAAAUAAAUUAUUCCUGUAUGGACGAUGAUGUUGAGGUUAACCCGUCCGUCGAAACUAAACGUAAGAAAAGAAAAACAAGUCGAUGA